AUGUUGACGCGCACCAACUACGCGGACUGGGCCAUCUUGGUGCGCGUCCAACUCCAGGGCGCUGGGCUCUGGGAGGCGGUCGAAGGCCUGGAGACUUCGAGGCGGCAGGAGCGGGAGGCGUGCAGCGCCAUCCUGCGCUCGGUGCCGCUCGACAUGAUGCGCGUGAUCGCGGCCAAGGCCUGGGAAGCCGUCAAGCUGAGACGCGCCGGCGUCGAGCACGUCCGCGAGGUGAAGGCCCAGAAGCUGCGCAAAGGAGUUGGCGAUGACAUCACGGAGGAGAAGACGGUGAAGAAGCUGUUGCGUUUGGUGCCGGCGAGAAUCAAGCCAGUUGCCUUGGCGAUGGAAUCAUGCCUCGACUUCUCCAACAUGUCCAUAGAGGAGCUCUCAGGCCGGCUCUCCGCCGCCGAGGACGGGCUCGAUCCAAAGCCUGAGGUGGGCAGCAAGCUGCUGCUCGUAGAGGAGGAGUGGCGCCAACGCAGCCACGGGUCUAACUCCGGUGGCUCAAGUGACAAGAAUGGCAGGUCCCCUGUGAAGGCGAACUCUCCCGUCGCCACAGAGAAAUCUGGGGGUGGCGGGGCCGGUGGAUCCGGCGAGAAGAAGAAGGGGAGCUGUUGGUACUGCGGCAAGCCCAGUGACGAAGAUAAAAGAGGCAGUGGGGAGUCACACUUCUGGCAGAGUGUGAUGGGUGUUAAUCAGAUCUUUCAAAACUGCACUCAGAGGAUAGUUGGAGAUGGGGCCAAAACUCAAUUCUGGGAAGAUGUGAAAGACAAAGGAACUGAUUUUAUCAAGUUCAGAAGAACUAUGUAUGGAGAAACUGAGGACUGCUGGCAGGAGAUUGUUGAGCUUGUGGAUAAGACUACUCUGUCCUCUGAACCUGAUACUGCUGGAGCUCUGGUUGAUUACAGAGGUGUAUGGAACCUGAAGAUCCCUCUCAAGAUAAAAAUCUUCACCUGGCUGGCUGUUAGGAAUAGUAUUCUUACUAAAGAUAACUUGCUCAGAAGAGGUGCCCUGUUGCCAGAUCGAAACAAACAGAAGAAAGCUGGAGGCAGGGAGCGCGAUGAUCAGACUGGUCAUGACUGA